AUGUUCGUUGAAACCGCGCUGAAGCAAAUGACCCUGCAGAGGGUGGCUGUGGAUAUACUCGGCGUAGUUGGUGUGCUGACCAUCGCCUACGUCCUCUACAACCGCCUCGUCCACCCACUCCGUCGUAUCCCAGGUCCCUUCUGGGCCUCCGUGACACCAUGGGCGCAACUCUACCACGGCCUCAAAGGUGAUCGCCAUCUGUGGCUGCACCGACUCCACCAGCAGUAUGGCACGCACGUCCGCGUCGCCCCGAACUUUGUCUCCGUCAACACCGACCGUGGUCUACACGAUAUUUACGGCCAUGGCAAGAAACUCCAAAAAGCCGAUUUCUACAACGCGUUCACCGCCAUCAAGGGCGUGUAUAACACGCACAAUGCGAUUGAUAAGACUAUUCACGGGCGCAAGAGACGUGUUCUCAGCCAGGCCUUCUCGGAGAGUGCGCUCAAGGGCAUGGAGGAUGUGAUGCUGCUGCAUGUGCGACAGCUCUGCGCCGCGCUGGCGGGCGCGGAUGGCAAUGAGGGUGGUGAGAGCAAGGGUGUGGUCCGGAACAUGGCCAAUUGGUUCAGUUAUCUCUCCUACGAUGUGAUGGGCGAGCUCUGCUUUGGAAAGAGCUUCGACAUGCUCGUCACCGAGGGUCGCAGACAUAUGAUUGGGUUGGUCGAUCGUGCUGCGAAUCGACACUAUGUUUGUGGACUUUGGAUGCCUUUGGACCGCUGGCACCUCGACCAGAUCUUCAUUCGCAAGCUUACACAGGACCGCUGGAACUUCAUCAUGAACUCCCGCGUGGAAGCGAACAAGCGGGCCCAGGAGCGUGCCCAGGCUGGUCGUGAGGCCAAGAAGGAUUUCUUCUACUACCUGUUGAACGCAAAGGACCCCGAGACUGGCAAGGGUCUCACCACGCCCGAGCUGUGGGGAGAAGCCAACGUCCUCAUGAUCGCUGGUAGUGACACAACCUCGACCACUCUAGCCGCCACGCUGUUCUACCUGGUCCGCUCUCCGGAAACCCUGGCCAAACUCACCAAGGAAGUCCGCAGCGCCUUCUCUGCCGUCGAGGACAUUGUCAGCGGUAGCCACCUUAAUGAACUGGUCUUCCUCAAGGCUUGCAUCGACGAGGCUCUCCGUCUUGCUCCCGCCGUGCCAGGCGCACCGCCCCGCGAAGUCAUGCAAGGCGGCGCCGUCGUGGAUGGAGUCUUCCUCCCCGCAGGCACCGACUGCGGCACACCGACCUACUCCAUCCACCGACAGGCGCAGUACUACCGCGAACCAGAGACCUAUAUCCCUGAGCGCUGGAUCGAAGGCGCAACCUGCAAAGCCUCCGGCGCCUCUUGGACGAGCACGAAGGAGGAUGUCGAGACCGCGCGUCGGGCAUUCUGCCCAUUUAGCAUUGGCCCACGUGGAUGCAUUGGCAAGAGCAUGGCUUUCAUGGAGAUGCGUCUCACGCUAGCCCGACUGAUCUUCCUCUUUGAUAUGUCGCUGGCUGAUCGCCAGGGCGAGGAUGCGAAUGGUCACUUGGCGUUGGUAGACCACUUUACCAGCGCAAAGAAUGGGCCUAACGUGGAGUUUCAAAAAGUGUUGCCAGUGAAAUAA